GUCUUGGCGUGCAGGGCGGCAGCGGCACCAUGGCAGAGUGCUCCAGCCUGCAGUUCGUUAGUCCCUAUGCAUUCGAAGCGAUGCAGAAGGUGGACGUGGUGCGCCUAGCAGCGCUGAGCGACCCCGAGCUCCGGCUCUUGCUGCCUUGCUUGGUGCGCAUGGCCUUGUGUGCUCCUGCUGACCAGAGCCAGAGCUGGGCACAGGACAAAAAGCUCAUCCUGCGGCUCCUUUCUGGCGUGGAGGCCGUCAACUCCAUCGUUGCCUUGCUGUCUGUGGAUUUCCACGCGCUGGAGCAGGAUGCGAACAAGGAGCAGCAGCUUCGGCUCAAACUCGGAGGAGGUAGUGGAGAAAGCAUCUUGGUUUCGCAGCUUCAGCACGGUCUGACGUUGGAGUUUGAGCACAGUGAUUCCCCGCGCCGGCUUCGGCUUGUGCUUAGCGAGCUGUUAGCGAUUAUGAACAAGGUGUCAGAGUCAAAUGGUGAAUUUUUCCUCAAGUCUUCGGAACUCUUCGAGAGCCCAGUCUACUUGGAGGAGGCAGCAGACGUUCUGUGUAUUUUGCAAGCAGAGCUGCCUUCACUGUUGCCCAUUGUUGAUGUGGCAGAAGCCCUGCUUCAUGUUAAAAAUGGAGCCUGGUUCCUGUGCCUCCUUGUGGCCAAUGUUCCCGAUAGCUUUAAUGAAGUUUGCAGAGGCCUGAUCAAGAACGGCGAGCGACAAGACGAAGAGAGCAUCGGAGGCCGGCGCAGGACUGAGGCGCUUCGUCACCUGUGCAAGAUGAACCCCUCCCAGGCGCUGAGGGUCCGAGGAAUGGUGGUGGAAGAGUGCCAUCUUCCAGGCCUGGGAGUGGCCUUGACCCUGGAUCACACAAAGAAUGAAUCCUCGGAGGAUGGCGUGAGCGACUUGGUGUGCUUUGUGAGCGGUUUGCUGCUUGGAACGAAUGCAAAAGUGCGGACGUGGUUUGGGACUUUCAUCCGGAAUGGACAACAGAGAAAAAGGGAAAACAUCAGCUCUGUCCUCUGGCAAAUGAGAAGGCAGCUGCUCCUGGAGCUGAUGGGGAUUCUUCCCACGGUUCGCAGCACACACACUGUGGAGGAAGCAGAUGUGGACACGGACCCACACGUGUCUGUGUAUUCUGGACUGAAAGAGGAGCACGUCGUGAAAGCCAGCGCGCUGUUACGCCUCUACUGUGCACUCAUGGGGAUCGCCGGGCUGAAACCAACUGACGAGGAAGCGGAGCAGUUACUUCAGCUCAUGACGAGUCGUCCUCCUGCGACUCCUGCUGGUGUUCGCUUUGUCUCUCUCUCCUUCUGCAUGCUCCUGGCCUUCUCCACCCUUGUCAGCACCCCAGAGCAGGAGCAGCUGAUGGUCAUGUGGCUAAGCUGGAUGAUAAAAGAAGAGGCCUACUUUGAAAGCAUUUCUGGAGUGUCUGCUUCUUUUGGAGAGAUGCUUCUGUUGGUUGCCAUGUAUUUCCAUAGCAAUCAGCUUAGUGCUAUCAUUGAUCUGGUUUGCUCUACUUUGGGAAUGAAGAUUGUUAUUAAGCCCAGUUCACUGAGCAGAAUGAAAACCAUCUUUACCCAGGAGAUUUUCACUGAACAGGUAGUCACAGCACAUGCAGUUCGCGUGCCUGUAACGGGUAACCUGAGUGCCAACAUUACUGGGUUUUUACCCAUUCACUGCAUCUAUCAGCUUCUGCGGAGCCGGUCAUUCACCAAGCACAAAGUGUCUAUAAAGGACUGGAUUUAUAGACAACUGUGUGAAACCACCACCCCACUCCAUCCUCAGCUGCUUCCUCUUAUUGAUGUCUACAUCAACUCUGUUCUUACUCCUGCAUCCAAGUCCAACCCUGAGGCGACCAACCAGCCUGUCACAGAGCAGGAGAUCUUGAAUGUUUUUCAAGGGCUCGCUGGGGGAGAAAAUGCCCGGGUUAAUCAGCAUUACAGCAUCACGGCCCAGCUGCUUGUCCUCUACUAUGUCCUUUCUUACGAAGAGGCACUCCUGGCUAACACCAAGACACUUGCUGCCAUGCAAAGAAAGCCCAAGUCUUACUCUUCAGCACUGAUGGAUCAGAUUCCAAUCAAGUACCUUAUCCGGCAAGCACAAGGACUGCAACAGGAAUUGGGAGGCCUGCACUCUGCACUGCUGCGCCUCCUUGCUACUAACUACCCACACCUGUGCAUUGUGGAUGACUGGAUCUGCGAGGAGCAGAUCACAGGCACAGAUGCGUUGCUGCGAAGGAUGCUUCUUACAAACAUGGCCAAGAACCACUCUCCCAAGCAGCUCCAAGAUGCGUUUUCAAUGCUUUCAGGAAAUCACACCCAACUGAUGCAGAUUUUAGAACACUUAACACUGCUCUCUGCUGGUGAGCUGAUCCCAUAUGCAGAGGUACUGACGUCAAACAUGAACCAGUUGCUGAAUGCAGGGGUUCCACGGAGAGUUCUUCAGACAGUCAACAAGCUUUGGAUGGUUCUUAACACGGUGAUGCCUAGAAGGUUGUGGGUGAUGACCGUUAACGCCCUUCAGCCUUCAGUAAAGAUAAUCCGACAGCAGAAGUACACACAAAAUGAUCUAAUGAUUGAUCCUCUGAUUGUGCUAAGAUGUGAUCAGAGAGUUCACAGGUGUCCACCUUUGAUGGAUAUAACUCUGCACAUGCUGAAUGGGUAUCUGUUGGCUUCAAAAGCUUAUCUUAAUUCCCAUCUUAAGGAAACGGCAGAGCAAGACAUUAGGCCACCUCAGAACAACACAAUGGGCCUGGAGGCCCCAGAAGUUACCCGAGAGGAACUGAAAAAUGCAUUGCUUGCCGCCCAGGACAGUGCUGCUGUGCAGAUUCUUUUGGAGAUCUGCUUACCCACAGAUGAGGAGAAAGGUCAGAGCAGUAACUCUCACAGCCUGCUAAAGAAUAUUCAAAGUGCUGCUGGCCCUGGACCCCAAAUUCAGGAACUAGAAGAAGAAGAAGAAGACAGUCUGCUGUGUAAUCUUCGAGAGGUCCAGUGCCUCAUCUGCUGCCUUUUGCACCAAAUGUACAUUGCGGAUCCCAAUAUAGUUAAACUAGUUCACUUCCAGGGUUAUCCAUGUGAACUUCUAGCACUGACUGUGGCUGGGAUUCCAUCCAUGCACAUCUGUCUAGAUUUCAUACCGGAGCUCAUUGCCCAACCUGAACUUGAAAAACAGAUCUUUGCCAUCCAGCUGCUUUCAUAUUUAUGUAUCCAGUACGCGCUACCUAAAUCUCUCAGUGUGGCUCGCUUAGCUAUCAAUGUCAUGGGAACGCUGCUGACAGUUUUAACCCAGUCAAAGCGCUAUGCCUUCUUCAUGCCGACCCUGCCUUGUUUGGUCUCAUUCUGCCAAGCCUUUCCUCCACUGUAUGAGGAUAUUAUGUCUCUGCUGAUACAGAUAGGACAAGUUUGUGCCUCUGAUGUUGCCACACAAACAAGAGACUUUGAUCCAAUUAUUACACGUCUCCAGCAACUAAAGGAGAAGCCAAAUGAAGUGUCAAGACUUGGUAAAGAUCCCUCAUACAAAAGUGGUGCAAAGGACAUAACAAGCCUGGACCCUGAUGUUCAGUUAUGCCAAUGCGUGGAAAAUACCAUAAUUGAAAUAAUUAACAUGAGCGUUAGUGGAGUUUAGGGGAGGCAGAAAUGUAUAUGUACUGCAACAAGUACCAUGAUGUACAGUAUCUAAUUGUGGUAGCAACUGCCAAAGUGGAAUAGGAAUUGGACUGGAACAAGUAAUCUCUUGUAUUUGUUGGAGUCUGCGUAGAUGGUGAGCUGACCCAGUCCGAAGAGAAGAAUUCUUGGGGAGACCAGCAUUGCUUUCAGUGAAAGCUCCUGACUAUUGAAGUUGCCAAAUGACAACUCUUCCAGUGAAGACAGGGUCUGAAUUCCAGAUGCUUGAAUUCUGCAGUGAGGCAGUAAUGCACCGACAAGGUCUUCACAUGCACUCUUUGCAAAGCAGCUUGCUGAGUGAGCCUGAUAAUGUCUUACCUUGUUGAACCUCCCCACCUUACGCUAAAAUGUGAAGUAAGGGGGAGAGAUGCUGGAAAACGUGAAGCAUGUUCAUUCAAAGAGCCAAUUGCAGCGGAGAUCUCCAAAGCAAGAUGGAAUAAACACCCUAAAGAACUGCAUGGAGAACAUUGGCAUAAUUAUUGUACAUAGCAUGUGUAAAUUCACUGUGUGCUGGACAAAGACUGUAAAACUUUUUAUGCCUUUUUCAGACUAUUGCUGUAUGGUUAAGUUCAUAAGAGCAGUUACUUAAAAGUGCAUCUCUGCAGCUCCAUCAGCUGCUUAACAAAAUUGGCAAGUAAGUUUUGAGUAACUUUUUGGAGAAGUCUUGAAAUUGGCAUAGAAGUUUCUAAACGAGCCGGUGCUAUAAAACAACAGAGCACAUUC